AUGCUUGGNCAGAGCUGCGCCAUCGCGAUUGCGAAAUCGUACUCGCUGUCGGAGAACUCGAACAAAGUACUGGUGUGUUGCGGACCAGGAAACAACGGUGGCGACGGUCUCGUCUGUGCGAGACACCUGAAGCAUUUCGGGUAUUCGCCGCAGAUUUAUUAUCCGAAAAGGCCAAGCAAUGUACUUUACGAAAGACUGCUGCAUCAAUGUGUCGAGAAUGACAUUCCCGUAUUAGAGAAUCAAUGUAUAGAGGAAGCAAGAGACGUCACAAUUUUACAAGAAUAUACAAUCAUAGUAGACGCUCUCCUUGGAUUCAGUUUCAAGCCACCAGUGAGAGAGCCAUUUGUUCACAUAAUUAAUUUGUUAAAGAGCACAACUGUACCUAUUUGUAGUAUAGACAUACCUUCAGGCUGGGAUGUUGAGAAUGGUCCACCGCAGGAAGGUGGUAUAAAACCGCAAAUGUUGAUAUCUUUGACAGCACCAAAGUUGUGUGCCUCCAAAUUUGAAGGAAGAUUUCAUUAUCUGGGAGGACGAUUUAUGCCUAAAAAGUUAGAAAUGCAAUAUAGUCUUGAUUUGCCUGAGUAUGUUGGUACAGAUCUUGUUAUUCGACUCCAAUAAUAAAAACUUGUGAUACAAACAUAAACUACAUUCAAGUACAUUACUCUGAAACUAGUCUUAUCCUGCUAAAUAUUUAAAAUAUGCCGAAAAUGUUAAUAUAUAAUACUCAAAUUCUAUUUCAUCAUUUAUGAUCAGAUUUACCCACACAGCAUAAAUAUUUAAAACAUUUAGAAACUCCUGAAAGAUAUCCUACUUGUUUCAAAUGUUUUUGGAAUGUCUAAGACAUUUGUCUAAAAACAUUUAUGAUCAGUUGUCUGAGUACAGAUUAUUCAUAAAAUUAUUCUUAGACAUCCUGUAUUCCAGAAUAAUGUUCUCUAAUGUAAUUUGAUACAUUUGUCUUUCUAUUAUUAUCGAUUAAUAAAACUGUAAUAU